AAAAUAGAAGACAUCGUUAUCAGAAUUGAGCGUUCAGACAUUUAUUAUAUAUUCUGAUUAAAUGUAUCGAAUAGUUAAUUGAAAACUAUAAAAUGGAACGAAAUAAACCAGGCAGUUCAAGAUCUGGUAAAUCGAAACCAGGAGCACAUCAUGGCAGUGAGUUGUUUGCAUUGGGCUCAAAGUCAUCUUCACGCGAUGACGCUAAAAUGAGUAAAGUAGUUAUGUCAAACACCAAACCCAUUGACCGGAAAAGAGAUGCACCCACAUCCUUAACUUCAGCUGCGGUUAAAAAGCCGAAAAUAACUUCCAUCGGACCAAGCAGAUUAUCAGACGGUUCCAGUUCCAGCUCGACACUUGAAUAUUGGGAGCAAGUGGCAACCGAUUGUGAAACUGUCGACUUAAUACCAUCGGUUUUGUCAGCAAUUGAACAACAAAAUAGCGACACAGUCAUAGCCCUAGUAUGUGGCGCUAUACGAGCAUUAGUAUUAUCCCGAUCCAAGCCAGACUCAAUGCUGUUCUUAACGUUACUUUACAUGGCUAAAAUUCGUCCACAGUUAUUUUGCAAUGAAGUUGUCACAACUGCACUGUUGUCAAUUCUGAAGCGGGAAACAGGUCUCGCAUUCAAGGGACGAACCAAUCCAACGCUUCAUAUUUUGGCAGCUAAUCUACUUGCUAGGGGCUACCACAACAAGGCACAAUGGCCCAUAACGUUUGUACAAAUCUACAUCGACGAUGCCAUCAAUGAUCGUGUUUGGGUUGACCAUGAAGAAUGUAGUUCGUUCAUCGAGAAUGUGUGCACGGCAUUCGCAACUAAAGUACCACCCAAGGCAAUGCUUCAGCCGGAAAUAGUGCCAUUGAGUCGUGACGUUAAUAUGGACGAUGAUGAAGCAUCAACAGCUGAUACAAUUCGAUCAGCAUCUGAUUUAAACAUCGAUUGUCCCGUUCAGCCAAGAUAUUUACAUUUAACUGUGGAGAAACUCGUUUUGGAUUCCGUGAAAGACCUGUUGAAUCGUCGUCAAGCACCUGACAGCUCAACCAGAAAUUUAUUAAGAUUUUUGUCUGCAACAUCGGGCAUUAGCGAAAUACGAUCUCUGGCUAGUUAUGGUGGACGGUUAGAGCAUUGGAUGCACAAUGGAAAGUUGCAGAAACCCGCUCAAGAGUUGCUGACUUACAUUUGCUACAAUGUAACAGUUUCUGACAACGAAGUUUUGGCAAAUUUGGUGAAAAUGAGGCUGAAAUCGAAGCCACUAAUCAGCAUUUACAUGAAUUGUCUCAAGGAGAUGAUAACCGUACAGCCGUCCAUUCUGUUAAUUGUGUUAAAAAAUGUCGUUCAGAAUGAACUAUCGAGUGUGAGAAAUCCAAAUAAUAUGGGAAUGUUAGCCUGCAUGUUUCAAGCGAAACCAGACGAAUCAGCUCAGCAUCUGGCCGAAAUUUAUCAGGAGUUGUCAAUGCAACGUGAAGACUGCCUUAGAACGCUGCGGGCAUUUUUGAGAGAGCUGGUCAAAAUGCUACGGUUCGACAUUAAACUGACGACGUUUUGUAACAAAUUGCUGACCAUGAGCAAAGCAAUGAUAAGCCAAUGUGACUCACUGGAGUAUCGUGACCGAAUUUUUUACUCAAUGGUCGAUUUGGAGUGUUUGUGCAUGUUCCUAUCGGUCUCGCCACAAAUUAAAGAAGCCAUCGUUUCCGUAAGAGCUGGUCGAGAGAAUCGUGCGUCGAAAGUGUUGUACGAAUUCUACAGACAGAUGUCGAUUCUACAACAUGAUGCGUUGCAGUGGAUGUGCAACGUGGUCCCCACUGUUUUUAAACCUACGGAUGGAGAAUACAGCCAGGCAUUGCAUAAAAUUUUAUUCCUUGAUUCACCGGAUACAUAUUCGAAAGUCGACCAAUGGCCUCCAGAGCAGGAACGAUCAUUGCUGAUUCGUCUUGUGUCCGAAAUUCCACUGCAUCAGGACUCGAUCAUGCAUAUAAUCACCAUUGGUGUCAAGGGAGAGAUACCAUUCAAAGUUCCUGACACCGUUGAGAUGACCGAGCAAGUGAUUCGACGAGCUGCUGCCUUAAAAAUAACCGAUUUUCCACCGCUGCAAGUUGAUAAUAUUCAAAUUAUCGAAUUCCUUUUCUCCAUGGCCGAAUACCGUCAUCCCGAAAACAUCGCUUUGCCGGCAGGCUACGCGCCACCGAAAUUGGCCAUCAGUUUACUGUAUUGGAAAGCAUGGAAUAUGUUACUAAUGCUGUCCGCUCAUAAUCCUAGUACAUUUGGGGCAUAUUGUUGGGAGCAAUAUCCGAUGCUCAGAAGUCUAAUGGAAAUGUGCAUAACAAAUCAGUUCACCGAUUCGAAAGUGCCCGAAGAAGAGUUACAGAUGAAUGCGUUGGAACGUACACAUAUCUUGGAGUUUGAGACGCACUUGGCAGCAGCCACGUCGAAACUAAUCAUUACCGACCAGACAAGUUUAUUAUUGUCGCAGCUGAUGCUCAUGGAUCCAUUCGGUUGCGCAAGACGUCCACCAAAUCAUAUUUUGGAGCAACUGCAACAACAAAAUGCGUCCCUGAAACUCGGUCAUUUAUUAUGUCGAAGUCGAAAGCCUGACCUACUUCUCGAUAUAAUUCAACGUCAAGGACAGGGAUCGUCACAGUCAAUGCCAUGGCUAGCGGAUUUGGUGCAGAACAGUGAAGGAGACUUCAAUGAUUUGCCCGUGCAAUGUUUAUGUGAAUUUUUGCUGUCCAAUUCGGGCAAUAUCAGUACCGAGAAUAGUCGAGAUGUGGAAUUGUUAACGUAUUUACAAAAGCUGCUUAGCGACGAGACUGGAGAUCAUCAAACUUCUUGCGAAGUUCUCGAAUAUUUUCUGCGACGGUUGUCAUCCACUUGCAAGCAAAGUCGUCAGAUGGCUAUCAAAGGAUUACGUCUGCUGUUGAAAGUGUUCCAAAAGGAGGUGGACGGUGUGGAUCAUAAUGAAUAUGUUGAAUCCGAUUGGUUACUACGUUACCUACCUAUGAUGCCAUUCUUUCCAUCCGUUCGAUUAAUCGUAAUUUGUCAGUUACGGGCUGCAUGCCAAAUUGAAAACAAUCCCGAUUUGGUCAUGAUAUACAUUCAAUUUAUUGCCGCAAAUACCUUGCACGACAGUGUAGGAGAUAUGUUGGACCACGUAAUGGAUAUGUCUCAGUUGAUCGUCGAACGGAGCACCAUUUUCUCGUGCAUCAUUCCCCCUUCCGAUGAUUGCACCGAUGAGGAACGACUGCAGACAUUAAAUUGCUUGUUUGUUAUGUUUAACAAUUACUUGAUCAAGUUGCGCGAGCAUAAGGCACCAUUAACAUUGUCAGAGUAUCCAGAUUUACUUACGGUGAACUUCGCUGAUGGAACAACACUACCAAUUCACUUAAAUAUCAUCCAAGCAUUCGUAAUACUUCUCACACACUCAACAAUGAUCCCGAAUCCUCAGGCAAUUUUGGACUAUUGGUUUCCGAUAGAUGUUGCCCCGCCGCAAGCAUUCACUUUGGACACAAAUGAACCGGUACAAAUUUUGCCGGACUGGCUAAAAUUGAAAAUGAUUCGCAGUAGCGUCGAACGUCUUGUGGAUGCGGCAUUAUUGGAUCUAACACCCGAUCAAAUAAUAUUGUUUGUGCAAAAUUUCGGAACUCCGGUAAAUUCAAUGUCAAAGCUGUUGGCGUUACUUGAUCGUGCUGUGAUUGAGCAAUUCGAAACGGUUAAAUCGACGAUAAUGAACAAGACUUAUUUGUCGCAGUUAAUUGAGAUUCAGCAAGCUAGAGGAGCUAAAAAUGGUCACAUUGCCGUACAGGCACUCGAACUACACGGUCAAGUCAUUGUCGACCCACCGAAACGUGAUGUAAUUGUUGUCGAUCCGUUAACUGUAGACAUGACUGUUGCCGAUUCGAAUAACACAUCAGCAAACAAGGAAAUCGAAGACAUUAUCGACGUUGUAUUCAGCAAUAAUAUUAUGACGAAAAGUCAAAAAACCCGAUUCCGUCGCCUAAUACAACAAUUAAUCGCUGAGGACUUUCCGAACGUCAAAGUACAGACGAUGCAUGGAAAACCAACAAACAUGCAACAUAAUGUUCGAUCGACUGUUGUGCAGUAUUUGAUGCGCUUGUCCACGGGACCAAAUGCAGACUUUUUGAGGAGACAAAACUUACAAAAAUCGAGUGUUUGCAGCCUUUUCCGAACAUUGUUAGCUUCCCCAUCAGGAGGACCAGACAAUUCGAAUUUUUUGACCCAAAUCAUUGACCAGCUUAAGGAUAACGUCAUCGACUACAGAUUAAAUCCAGUUGUCUCGCAGAUCAUUUUAAACAAAAGAAAAGUCGUGGUGAAAUCCACCGAACAUCCCGGCCAGAUGGAAAGAGAAGAUUUAAUUCCUGUUCUUGAAUCGGCGAACAUGAUGGAACUGGAGAAAAGAGGCAAAAAAGUCCUAAGCAAUUUAUUCAAAGAAACAGAUUCCAGUUAUUUGGUCAAUGCAAUCACAACGGCGUUAAGAGCUUCGGAGAAAGUUAAAAUUGAAGGAACUCAAAGUGAUAAAAUUGGACUAUUGGUAGAUUGGCUAGCCGACAUUGAUUCAGAACUCGUUGUGGCAAAUCCGACCACACAAAUGGAUCUUCUGUUUAGCCGAUCAUUACGACAAUUUCGUUUCUACAUGCUAUCGUUGCUGAGUCAUCAAGCUAAUUGGACAACGUUGCACAAUACCCUCAAUAACAUUUUGGAUAAGUUCAAUCACAACUACGAUCCUACGUCAGUAUUGCAUUUCAUUGGAGCAUUCAUUCGUAAUCCGAAACUAUGGCAGGGACGAGACAAAGCAACGCCAAAGCACGAACAAGUGGAAAAUGUCAUCGACUUGAAUGCAAAUCAAAUUCGUGUGUUCGCAGACUACAUUUUGAACGAGAGUCUUCAGGAUCCUGAAAAAAUGACGUAUCGGGUGGAGGUUUUGCUGAAAUGCGUUCAUCGAAAUGAAUUCAAUUUAAACAAUCUCAUCUCAUACGUACGUGACAGCGAUGUGGAUGCUGUUGUUCAGCAAAAAUUCCUGCAGCAACUAUACUUGAAUUUUCCACCAAUGAAAUUCAUCGUUGAAGACUUAAACGAAGUGUACAAAGCAGAAGCAAAGAAUCUUUGUGGAUGCCAAGCCGACAUUACGACCAACUAUGUACUCACAACAAUUUCAAGUCUAUCAGCAACAAAAGAUUUUCAGUCAUUGUCGUCUGACAUGGAGUUAAUGGUGCGCAAAUUGGCCGCUUCACAUCCAUCUCUCCUUCUACGUCAACUGUCGGUAUUAUCAUCGUUACUGCAAGGACGGGCACACAUGGAUCUUUCUGUGCUACGAACAGGACACCAUAUGACACUCUUCCAUCAGGUGCUCGGAGUUCUUGAACUUCUUCAACCGCAAGUAUUUGAAGAACCAUACACUGACGUAUUACAUCAAGCCCUAGAAUGCUAUUUUACGUUAUUACAAUUCCAUGCCGAUUCUGCCAGCAUGUUAAUGUAUCGUUUUACGGAACUGCUACAAGCCUACAUCAAUAAAAACGCCAACAAGGCGCUCAGCUUUAUUGAACCACACGCGGAACUCAUUCAGUAUUUAUCGUCAAAAAAUAGACACAUUAUCUCACUGCAGCAAAUCGUGCAAGGUGUUUCGCUGCUCAAACAUCGGCAAACUCAUGACUUCUCCUUUAUCGAUCGAUCUGAAGACAUAUCAGAAGAUGUAAAACCAUCAACGUCAACACAAGAACCAAGCUCUGUCACAACGACAUCAACACAAGAACCGGACAAUUCUGGUGCGGCUGUAAUAUUGGUACCAUACGAAAAACAGAACCUUGCACCACAACAUUGGCCGCAAUUGAUAAAGGCCAUUUUACAUCGUAAUGGUGAUGAAAUUCUUGGUGCACUGCAAGAAACCGAAAUGAUAACAUCGAAGCGUCAGGGACUUUUGGAGCCAUUGUUUGAGCGAAUUUUAGAACUACUCGAAUCACCGAAUGCCAUCAUACGAAGCACGGCACACACAUUGCUUGUACGACAUUUGAAAUUCAAUCCGGGAAUUCAUGCUAACAAUUCGAAAGCACUGAUUGCAUAUGUCCAGUGUUUGAGAGGAGGCGACCCAGCGGUGGUAACAUCGGCAUUGGAAACGUUAACGGAAAUUACCAUAUGCUUGCAGGAAUACGCAUCUGACAUUUUGAAAGUGGUUUUUGAUUUAGGCAUUCAAUCACGCUUGAAUACGUUCGAUCAACUGAAACGGUGCAUAGUGGCACUAAAGACACAGCACGCGUGCUGAACACAAUUUUUGUUUAAUUUAAAUUUCACUGAGAAAAAUUUUUGAAUAAAUAUUUUCGAU